GCUCCCACACUGGACACGGCCAGCCCUGGAGGAGAGCUGCUCCCAGACCCAGCAGGGCCAGAGCCCAGGAUUGCAGGUGCGAACAACCAGCUCAGUCCCAGGAUGUCCAGGGAAGACCAGGGCCUGGAAGAUGGGUUGUUCUAUGAGGCUGUAUUUAGUCACUACAGAAAACUCAAGGUGGAGCUCUCCCAUGCAAUACACAAGACAUUUCCUUUCCUCGAGGGCCUCCGAGACCGCGGCUUCAUCAGCAAUAAACUGUUCACAGAUUCUGAAGAGUCUUGUAGAAACCUAGUCCCUGUACGAAAGGUGGUGUACAAUGUCCUCAAUGAACUGGAGAAGACAUUUGACCUGCCGCUUCUGGAAGCAUUGUUCAGCGAGGUCAACCUGAUGGAGUACCCUGGCCUCACUGACAUUCACAGGAGCUUCACAACCGUGAUCAAAGAGAAAAUCUGUUUCCAAGAAAUAGAGAAAGAAGGAAAGCCUGGCAUCCAAGCAAGCCUCGAGGAAGGAACUGGUGAAAACUCUCAUCGCAGCCUGCCCUGGUUUCACGCAGAUUCCUCGUCUCAUGCUGCGCUUGUGGAACUAAAAAAGUCGCCCCCUUUGAGAAAAAGCCCUAGAAAAAGAGUGGUACAACACAGAGACUCUUCAGAAUCCAGUGAGGAGAACAAGCCCCCAGAUGCCUUGCUGCACUUGGCACUCCAAAGUGGACCUGCAGAGGAGGGUCCGGUGCAUACUGGAAACAAACCUUUUCAGAGGAAACGUUUUAGAUUAAAACGUAAGAACAAUUAAACAUCCAUGUUGUAAGAAAUAAAUGCCUUUGGGGGCUACAAAAGCUUUAUUCAAAUGUUUUACAUUCUUUCAAAUAAAAACGUAUUUGUGUAACUAGA